AUGGAAGGUACGAUCAUUGCUUUUCUAUAAUUUUUAGCGUCUUUUAUUUCCCCUCUCCUGUCGUUUCGCGGUCGAUCGACUGCCAUGUCGUUGGGAAACGUCGCCCGGAAGCUGCUGCUGUCCCGUUCGCGGAUCUUCGGCCCCGGUCUCGCUCCGCCGCCGUCGCCGCCGCAACAGCAGCCUCGAAGGUCCGUCGGCGCGUACGAGAACGACGGCAAGACGUACGUGUCCAUGUUGAAUAACAACAACAUCCGGGACGGCAUCAUGAUUUCCGCUUAUAGCCAGUACGGCUUCCGGUUGAACAACGGGUUCGUGGUGCUCGGGCCGGUCGUGUGCUUCGCCAACUCGAUAAUGGCCUGGCGCGUGAACGACGACCGGGACGUGGGCGUCGACUCGCUGUCGAUGCUGUUCCACCUGGAACCCUCGCCCGCCGUCAUCGUGCUGGGCCUGGGCGACGGGCCGCAGCGGAGUCGCCGCGACGAUAAUCACCGCCAGCUGCAGCUGAACCGGCGACAGUUGGAUAAGGUGGUGUUGGCCGCGGCCCAGCAGUACGGGUGCACCGUCGAGGUGCUGCCGGUGGACGCGGCGCUGGCCACGUACAACUUCAUCAUCAGCGAGGGCCGGCACGCGGCCGGCCUGUUCAUACCACCGCGGUUCAUACCGGCGUUGGACGACGACGCGACCACGGCCAACGCGCGCCACGUUCACCUGUACGGCGAGAGCAUGCCGGUCACCGACGUGUGGUUGGACGCGGAAGAGCGCAGCGAGCUGAUCAACGCCAACUACCGGGAGUUCGGUGAAGUGGUGGGCGCGCAGAACGCGGCCGACCACGAGAUGCGGGCGAAAUUGGCCGGGGACCGGAAGCCCGCCGAGAACCCCGAGAAGAAGAUCCGGUGAUCUGCAACGAACGCGUUGUACCCAUGCCGCCUUUGUUGUAGUCUAUACAGUUGUUAAUCGCCCCAUUUACCUGUAAUUUCUAACGUUAUUGUUGUUGUAAAAAUAUACAUACUUUAUUUGUCUGCCCUUCUGCAACUAUAAUUGUACAGAUCGGCAAACUUCGAAACAA